CCGACCCACCCGGUUCUUCUUCUUCUUCGUAUAAUUAGCCUUACACUGUGCUCUUAUUCGAUACGGAUUAAAAUUGAACAAAACUCCCAAAACCCUGUUCGAUAUCUCGUAAACCCUAGCCAAUGUCGCCGGCGCCGCAGCAGCAGCAGCAGGAAAUCAUGGAGAAGGAGAACAAAAAGAAGAGGAAGCCUAAAAAAGGCAUCGCAGGUGCAGUCGCCAGGAAAGCCAAGGCGCAGAAGGCCAGUAAUCCAUUUGAGUCAAUCUGGUCUCGCCGGAGGUUCGACGUCCUCGGGCAGAAGCGCAAAGGUGAAGAACGCCGUCUCGGUCUUUCACGAUCUAUCGGUGUUGAUAAGAGGAAGAACACGCUGCUCAAGGAGUACGAGCAGAGUUUGAAAUCUAAGGUUUUUGUGGAUAAGCGUAUCGGAGAGCAGGACGAUGAGCUUGGGGAAUUCGACAAGGGUAUAAUUCGAUCGCAGAGAGAGCGUCAGCGGAAACUAGCAAAGGAGAGCGUGUAUAAUUUGUCGGAUGGAGAGGAAGACAUUUAUGAAGAUGGUGCUCUUGGUGGUUACUCUGGAAAGGAUGACUUUGAUUCUGGACUAUUGUCGGAUGAAGAUCUUCAAGACGAUGAUCUGGAGGAUGCUGGAUCAAAGAGACUGAAGCAUCUAAACAAAAACAGAUCGCUUGACUCAUCUGGAGAGGAAGAGAGGCGUAAGAGCAAGAAGGAAGUCAUGGCAGAGAUCAUCAUGAAGAGCAAACUUGGCAAGAUGGAGAAAGCUGAGAAAAAGGAAGAAAAGGAGAAGCUGUUGGAUGAGCUGAAUAAAAACUUCACGGCCUUAGUAGAUUCUCAGGAGAUGAAGAGUCUAACUCAACCUUUUAAUCUCCCAAAGGAUCCAGACGAUGAGUAUUACAAACUUAUGGAUGCUAUGUCAAUGGAUAUUCGUGGUCGUCCUUCUGAUAGGAUAAAGACACCUGAAGAAAUUGCCCAGAAUGAGCGAGAAAGAUUAGAGGAACUUGAGGAAAAGCGUAAGAAGAGGAUGCAAGAAGCUGAGGAUUUGAGCGACGAGGAUGAAGAAAUUGAUGGUGAGGAAUCAAGUAAGAGGCAAAGAGCCAUUUCUGGCGAUGAUCUUGGUGAUUCCUUCUCAGUUGAUGAAGAGCAGCCGAAAAAAGGAUGGAUCAAUGAAGUUCUUGAAAGAGAGGAUGAUAGUUCUGAUGAGGAUUCAGACAGUGAAGGAGGGGAAGAUGAUGAGGAGGAGUCGGAUGGGGGUGAAGAGAAACUGAGAAAAAGUCAACCUUUAAAGGACUGGGAACAAAGUGAUGAUGAGCUGGAGGCAGAGCUGGAAGAUGAUACUGAUGAUGAUGAUGAUGCAGAAGAAGAUGUGGAGCCAAGAGUACAUAAAAAGUCGAAGAAGGACUCUACUGCACCACGUAAAGGAGAAGGGUUGUCUGAAACAGUGAAACAAAAAUCAAAUAUGCAGAAAUCGAGUUCAACGGAGCAUGAUAUUCCUUUCGUAAUUAAUGCUCCCAAGAAUUAUGAGGAAUUGAUUGCCCUAGUAGAAGAUCGUUCCAAUGCGGAUGUUAUCUUAAUUGUCGACCGAAUCCGAACAACAGAUUCAAUUAAGCUUGCAGCGGAAAACCGGAAAAAAAUGCAGGUCUUCUAUGGUAUUCUCUUGCAGUAUUUUGCUGUUCUUGCAAACAAGAAGCCCUUGAACUUUGAGUUACUAAACAUGCUUGCCAAACCUUUGAUUGAGAUGAGCAUGGAGAUUCCCUACUUUGCUGCAAUAUGUGCUCGCCAGAGGCUUCUAAAGACCCGUGCGCAAUUUUGUGAGGCUAUCAAGAGUCCAGAGGAUGGAUGCUGGCCAUCCUUGAAAACAUUGUUUCUCUUGAGGCUUUGGUCCAUGAUUUUCCCGUGCUCUGACUAUCGCCAUGCUGUGAUGACGCCGUCGAUAUUGUUGAUGUGUGAAUAUCUCAUGCGAUGCCCUAUCUCCUCUGGUCGUGAUAUUGCCAUAGGUUCCUUCUUAUGCUCCACUGUUCUAGUGGUUGCUAAACAAUCUAAGAAGUUCUGCCCCGAAGCCAUACUAUUUAUCCGGACUCUUCUGAUGGCUGCUUCAGACAAAAAGGCACCACCAUCUGAGGAAUCUGAGGCAACUGCUGUCUGUUGCUACCGGGCUGAUGAACUGUUGUGUAUCGUGUUACAGUUUUACCAUUUUAUGGAACUAAAAUCGCUGACUCCAUUGCUCUGCAUACAAGACCAUGUAAAGGAGGUCGUGCCUUUAAACUUCCUAAAGAUAAUGGAACAGCCAGCAGACUCUCCAUAUUUCAGCUCUGAUGAUUUCAGAGCAAGCAUCAUUUCAAGUGCGGUUGAGACUCUCAGAGGGUUUGUGGAGAUAAACGAAGGAUUGAGUUCUUUUCCAGAGAUCUUCAUGCCCAUCUCAACUAUAUUAGACCAAGUUAAGAAUCAAGAAAGGAUUCCACAAACUCUCAAGGAGAAACUAGAAGAUGUUGCGCAGCUAAUCCAAACGAAAACUGAUGAGCAUCACGAGCAACGCAAACCACUCGCUAUGCGUAAGCAUAAGCCAAUACCAAUCAGAAUGGUCACUCCCAAAUUCGAAGAGAACUUUGUCAAAGGAAGGGAUUACGAUCCAGACAAAAUCCGUUCCGACUACAAGAAGCUGAAGAAAAAGCUAAAUCAAGAAAGGAAAGGAGUAGUGCGUGAGCUGCGCAAAGACAGCUACUUCAUGAGCGAGGUUAAAGCAAAAGAAAAGGCUGUGCAAGAGCAAGAGAGAGCAGAGAAACAUGGCAAAAACUGGGCUUUCCUUCAAGAGCAAGAACAUGCUGCCAAAUCUGGACAACUUGGUAAAGGCAGAGGCAAGAAGAGGAGGCGUUGAUACCAAACAUUUUUGUUAUGUUCUAUACUUUUUGUUUUUUGUUUAAACCGACCUCAACAAUUUUGUUUCUUGUUGGAUUUGAGAAACUGAUUUACAAAAAAAUAUUCCAUCGCUUCCUCAAAAAAAAAAAGACUUUAAAGUCGUCCUUGGUCAUUGUUAGGAUAAAUAUUUGUCCUUCAUCCGAGCAAUAAGCUUGAAUUUUUCUUCUGCUUCCACUUGCUGUCUGAUGUCACCUCUUGAUGCUCUGUCCGGAUGAAAUUUCAGCACGGCUCGUUUGUAAGCUGCGUGUACCUACAUGUGGUAGAGGAGAUGUUCCACCACCAACAGGAAUCCCUAAGCCUCGAAGCAACGAUGCCAAGUUAUUGCAUUUGAGUUCAAGAACUCUAAGCGAUUUGGUUAUUUCUGCACGGACUUUCUCCUUCAUGUUCAUGCUUUCUUCAUCCUUGUCUCUCUCACUUCCUCUACCCUCUCCUUUUGCCUUCUUUCCAUCUCCAACUGUCGCGUGUUUGCUAACUUUAUCCUCUUACGUUGCCUCUGAGCUUCUUCUGCCUGGAGCUGUAACUGCUGUUGCCUGGAUUCCCAUUCUUCUUCUUGUGCUUUCUUGUAUUCAUCUGUCUCCUUCAGCAUUUCUCUGUUAAGCAUGACAUCGAUCGCAGGAGCUGUACCAUUAAGACCUUGCACUUGUCCACUAGUAGAUGGGAUGGGAUCAGUGAUUGGUUCACUUGAAUCACCUAAACUCGAGUUCCCAUGCUCACACCUGGCUCCAUUACUUUGGGUGCCAAGCACAUGCGUUGUAUCUCCAUCCCCAUCAGAGGGUUGUGGCUGAGAAGAUUUUGAGGCAACUUCUUCUUCUACAACUUCCUUGGAAUAAGACUGAUCUGCAGCCUUCCUCUUUUGAUUCUCUUUAGGCGAUUUUUUCUUUUGUUUCUCUUUGGGCACCCUUUUCAUUUGAUUCUCUUUGGGCAAUUGCGAAGUUUUACACUGAACUUGCACUGUGUCUAGCUGUUCCUCAACUUCUUUGAAACUAUUUUGAUGCAUCGGUUCCUUUGACGAAGUACAAUGAGCUGAUGAUUGAUCAGACCUUUCACGUUCAACUUGUAUUUCAGGUGACUGUGACGAAAACCACGGAAACUUCUCUUUAGAUGAAAACCUGGAAUUAAUAAAGUUUUUAGCUCGGUUGUCUUCCUCCAUUUGCGAACCAAAUAAAGACGCACUAGCAUUUCUAUCAUCAGUUCCAAAGAGAGUCGAAGAGGUUUGUUCUCCACCAUCUGGAUUUCUUGCCGGAACAAAGUAAGACGUUUGAGCAUGAUGUUCAGUUCUACUUUCAAAACCAGGCCCGAAAUUAGUGUCACAGUGGAGAACUGAAGGACCAGCCUCCUCGCUCAGAUCAGCUUUACCUGGUUUCUCGGCUUGGUAGAAAGUUGAAGAGGUUUCUUUUCCACCAUCUGGAUUUCUUGCAGCAAAGACGAAAGACGUUUGAUCUUGCUGUUCAGCUCUGCUUUCAAAACCAGGCUCGAGAUUAGUGUCACGGUGGAGAUCUGAAGGACCUUCCUCACUCAGACCAGCUUUACCUGAUUUCUCGGUUCCAAAUAAAGUUGAAGAGGUUUCUUUUCCACCAUCUGGAUUUCUUGCAGCAAAGAAGGAAGAUGCUUGAUCUUGUUCUUCAGUUCUACUUUCAAAAUCAGUGUCACAGUGGAGAUUUGAAGGACCAGCCUCUUCACUCAGACCAGCUUUACCUGCUUUCUUCAUUUUCUCAAAGAAAGCUUUCUCCCACUGCUCGCGGACCUCUCUCUGAGAACCAUCCAAAAUCUCACAAUCAGAACAGUCGCUCUCUGAAACAUCACUAUCUGAUUCAGAACCUAAACCAAAUCGAAUUCCAGUAGAGGACUUUGUAGAGUGAGUAUGCUUGCAUUUUGUAAAUCUAAAAGUAGCACGCUUUUCUUGAAUGAAUUGGCAAUCGUCAUUAUCCACUUCAGCAGAUGUUUGCAAGUUAGCAGCAAGAGGGUUACAGCUUGAACCACUCCCGGCUUUGGGAACAUUCUCUGUAUCAUCAGCAGCAUCAUCAUCAUCUUCAUCGUCAAGGCUAAUCACUCUCGGCAAAACGGGCUCAUUCCUGGUUCUUGAUGUCCCUGGGGCUUUGGAUUUCGAUGACUCGGGAGUAUCAAGAAUGAUAACCUCAUCAUCAUCCACAACGAUAAACUCGUUCAUUAUGCCGUUUGCACUGCAUCUUUUGGCUGGCAUUCUAUUCCAAGAACGUGAUCUAAACUGACGUUGCUCUCCCAUUGCUUAAGGAGAAUGCAGGAACUUGUAUUGACUGUUCAAAGCAUCCUUUUUUUUAUGGAGAAGUUGCAGAUAUCCUACAAGACCACGACGACGGAAGACGGGAUUUUGUUGCUUAAAGCUAACCCUAAUUUGGGUUUGACGGGGAAAAAACAAACAAUAGUCUCAAAUAAAAACGCAGUUGCAGAAGAAAGUCGUGAAAAGAAAGAAGAUGAGAUGGAGCGACUCGUGCCCUGCACCACCGGAGACGUGCCUCAGCGAUCAACAGCUUGACCGACGAAUCAGAGAAAUCGGUACCGUUCGUUGAUUGGUCUGUCUUUGGAUUAAGAGUGAGACCAAUGUGACUCUACACAUAUCUCUCUCCCUUUGUAUUAAUAUUCUCUCCUACCAAAAGUCUCCCCCUUUGGCCUUCGGUUUGUGCCUUUAGAGUUUAGAAAAACACAAUUUUUCCCUUUUCUUUGGAAAAAAACUUUAAGGAAAC